AUGCUCAUUGUUUGCUUAUAUGUAGAUGAUCUAAUCUAUAGUGGAAGUAAUACAACCAUGUUUGGAAGCUUUAAGAAAUCCAUGCUGGUUGAAUUUGAAAUGUCUGAUCUUGACAUGAUGCAUUACUUUCUUGGCAUAGAAGUGUUGCACAAAGAUGAUGGAGGAAAGAAGGUUAACAAUACUCUUUAUAAGCAGAUUGUGGGGAGGUUAAUGUAUUUGACUGCAACAAGGCCUGAUAUAAUGCAUGUUGUAAGUGUCAUUAGUAGUUACAUGGAGUGUCCAACAAAGAUUCAUCUUUUGGCUGCAAAAAGAAUUCUUAGGUACUUGCAAGGUACUAAGGAGUUUGGGUUGUUUUUCAAAAGGGGAGAAAAGUUAUAUUUGUUUGGCUUUACAGAUAGUGAUUAUGCAGAAGAUUCUGAUGAUUGUAAAAGCACAUCUAGGUAUGUUUUCAUGUUGGGAACAAGAGCUAUUUCAUGGUCAUCAAAGAAGCAGCCAAUCGUCACAUUGUCAACCACUGAAGCUGAAUUUGUUGCAGCAACGGCAUGUGCUCGUCAAGCUAUUUGGCUGAAGAAGAUUCUUGAAGACUUGCAGUUCAGAGAAGAUGGACCUACUCUCAUAUACUGUGACAACAGUUCAACAAUAAAGCUCUUAAAGAAUCCUGUUCUACAUAUGGUCGAAGCAAGCAUAUAG